AUGCCUCGCUCCCGACCCCCAACGACGGGCUAUGAGCGUCUCGCUCAGGCCGAUGCCCUCUCCUCCGACUCCGAAGACGAGAACCCCCUCGCCCAGUCAUACGCCUCUCUACAGCCGGCCUCCGCCCCUCGCUUCGCACCCAUCACCCAACCGCGCCCCCGCUCGGGCAUGACGACCCCGAAGGCCAUAAGCACCGGACCUUCUAGACCUACGAACCGCCGUCGUGGCGGCAGCAACUCCGGCGUAGAUAUCAAGGCCAUCAAUGCCAGGCUAGAGCGAUGGGCAGACGAGAUCGCUAGCCGGUUCAAGCGCACCAAGGGCCGUGGCAAGACCGGAGAAGACGAACAUCUCGAGAUCCACCAUUCGGUGUUCCAAGCACCAGAGGGCGUUCGGCCCAUCACCCCUGAAGGCUUGGCUGAGGUACAAAAUGUCAUGACCAAGUCUCAGUUUGAAGAGAUUCUGCAGAGCGUCAGGCAGGCCAUCCUGCAAGGCACACACCCGCGCAUGAUUGCCCAAGGAAGCUCCGGCAGCUAUUUUGCUCGGAACACAGAAGGAAAGGUAGUUGGCGUGUUCAAGCCCAAGGACGAAGAGCCGUAUGCCGCUGGCAAUCCCAAGUGGAACAAGUGGAUUCACCGAAACCUGUUCCCCUGCUGCUUCGGACGAGCAUGCCUCAUUCCCAACCUCUCAUAUGUCAGCGAGGCGGCUGCAUACACGCUGGAUUGCCAACUUCGCACUCACAUGGUACCUUACACGGAUGUUGUGUGGCUGUCCUCCAAAUCAUUUCACUACCCGUUUUGGGACCGCCACAACUUCUAUAGAAAGCAGAAACCACUCCCCGAGAAGCCCGGAAGUUUUCAGGUUUUCCUCAAGGGUUUCAAGGAUGCUAAUGUAUUUCUGAGAGAACACCCUUGGCCGGACCAGUAUUGGUCUGGGUUCAGAACCAACGACCCGCACCGCAAACGUAGGAGGAGAUGGGCAGAUAACUGCCGGCCUAGCAGCGCCGCUGCACUGGAUGACAUUGAGAGCGACGACGAAACCAGACAAGGAAGGUUACCUCCCGGCCCAGACAACUUCGUGUGGACCGAUUCGCUGAAGCAGUCGUUCCGCGAAGAGCUGGAAAAGCUGGUUAUCCUGGACUAUAUCAUGCGCAACACGGAUCGUGGCCUCGACAACUGGAUGAUCAAGGUGGACUGGAGCACCCAGCAAGUAUCCAUCGUGUCAGAGCCGCUCCAGAUGAACACGGAGACAGGUCCGUCCGAAGAGGACGGGCCACGGCCCGUGGACUUAAGCCAGCGACCAGCAGCAGAAAGCCGCUCCUCGUAUCCCUACAGAACCCAGCAGCCUAUGAGGGCUUCGAGCCCAAUGCCGAGCACGCAGGACCCUAAGAUCACAAUCGGUGCCAUUGAUAACUCACUCUCUUGGCCCUGGAAACACCCAGAUGCGUGGCGAAGCUUUCCCUUCGGGUGGCUGUUUCUGCCUGUUGACUUGAUCGGACGGCCGUUCUCGCAAAAGACACGGGAUCAUUUUCUGCCUCUCCUGACCUCGACGCAUUGGUGGAGCCAGACGCAGUUGGCGUUACGGAAAGUCUUCCAGUUGGACCCCGAUUUCCAGGAAAAAAUGUUUGCUCGGCAGAUCGCCGUCAUGAAGGGCCAGGCGUGGAACGUCGUGGAGACGCUCAAGACACCGGACCAUGGCCCGCUGGAACUCACACGUCGUGCCAAGGUCUGCGUCUGGGACGACCUCGUCGAUGUACCGGUCGCAGUUCCCAUGCGGGUGACAUCCGCCGAGAUGAUGCGUCACGAAGCAGAAUUACGCGGAUCCAUCGACGAGGGCGACAUAGGCAAUGUCAACGCGUCCACCGACGGGGACCUGCUUGGCCUUGCCAGCCCCCCAGCCGAUAUGCCUCACCCGGGCAGGUUUGAGCUGGCGUUGAGCCCGACGGAUGAGGGAGCCCAGUCACCGGACGAGACGUCCAUGAACGGUUCGGGCAUCCUGGCAUCGUCGGUACCGUUGUCUAAGGAUUCAACGGCGCAACGGCCUAGGUUCUCGGGGCAAAGCCACCGGGAAAGCUAUCACGGGUCACGCGCUCUGAACAUGUACCACCCCGCCCGUCAACAGGCUCAGCAGCAACGUCGCUAUUCGUUCGCGACGGCCGCUGGGCGGCGCAGCAGCAACAGCAUUGCUCAACACCUGCACGGGUCCCACCCGGGCCUGGAGUACGACGAGGACGACUUUGAGGAGGGCGACCUGGGCUAUGCGGCUGCCGAGGGGAUGGAGGGGAACCAACGCAAGGUUAUUGUGGAGAGGCUGGAGCCGGUGAAAGCCAGGAACCCGGUUUUCACCUGCUGGUGA